GUCCAUUCAUGCCUCGAUUCAUGCCCUGGCCUGAUCACAAUCGGCAGUAUACGGAGAAAAUUUCUCAGUAUACUAGUCCGUGUUCACUCAUUUCAUUUUUCUGGACAUGUGAGACCUCGUGUGAGACUGAGUUGCACGUUGUCAUGUCUGGAAGAAGAACUAGCCUUGAAGAGCCUUCCUCUUCUGAAGAGGAUGCUGAACUUACUCUUUACCACGACAACAAAGGUAGUCUAGAGGACAAUUGUCGAAUAUCCUUUCCAGUGAGAGGUCUUACCAAGUCCUCGGGUCCAGUUUUUGAAAGUUUUUUUCAAAUAAAAGACAUUGAAAAAAAAUUUGAAAGAGUGUCUCGCUUGUUUUGUGAAGGGGAGAAUUUUAACAAAAUCCAGUUAAUUCUGGAUAUAAACACACAACUGUACCCCAUGAAUGUUGGAGAUAACAUUCAUUUUCUUUUGACCACCACACUAGGAGCAGACCAUGAAGACUUUCCCACAGUGACAGAUGGUGCCACCUCCUCCUUAGCAGACACAUUUCAAUAUAUAAUGUAUGGCAAAAUUUAUAGAUUAGAAGGAGCUGAGGAUUCAUUAUCAGUGUAUGUCUCUUUUGGGGGACUACUGAUGAGAUUGAAAGGAAACAAUUUACAAGGACUAAUGAUGAUGAUGGACAUGAAUGUGUACUUACUAUUAAAGAAAAUGACUUAUUGAAAGAUCAACUCUUUUUUGUGUGUGUGUGUACAUUUAACUGUCUUUUUUUGUGUACAUGUAUAUACAUGUUAAAAAGGUCCCCAUUAUUUUUGAAAGGAGGUGCAGCCAUUUCUUUAAUUUUA